CAACCUACACUACAGCACAUAUGUACCGCGCGAUACGUAUUUUGAUCUGGAUUUUUAUUUUGUAUUAUUCUAUCCAACUGUAUCCGAUGAUGCACGUUUCAGCAAGCAUACGAUCGGCGUUGCUCGUGCGUAUAGGAUAAUUUUCCUGCCUGAUUGACCAAAAUAGUACCUAUCAAGUGUAACGAGUGUUGACCUUAAAGUACCCAGCAGCAGCAGCAGCAGCAGCAGUGAGCAAGAGAGCGAGCGAGUGAGAAAGAGCGAGAGAAGGCACAAGUGUGUGUCGUAUCCUUGUGUUUUCAGCUAUAAACCAAACGGUGCACAGUGCAAAAGAAGUAAAAUAAAUAUUAGUGGAUGGCAGGCAUUGAAAAUGAGAGAGUGCUUUUAGCUGAAGCAACAGGAAAUCAGUAGCAGUAGGGUAACUUGCUACAAAUGAUGUUUACUCAGUAUGUCAGAGAACGGUAUGCAAGAAGAAGAAGACGAAGUUUCCAACAGCGAGGAAAGUACUUCAUUAUACAUAUUUCCAAACACAAUGAACAACACCACAGCAGCCGCAGCAGCAGCAGCUGCAGCAGCCACAGCGGCAGCAGGAGUACAAGGUGCAGAAGUUGCAGGCCAUCAGCAGCCUGCAGUAGUAGAAUCAGUCGCAGAGGAGUCAAUCAGCGCUUUGGAGUCGAUCUCGUCGACUCCGAGGAUACCAGGCAGGCCGCUCAGUGCUUUUCGCACGCACGCCCGGUCUGCUAGCCAUGGAGGAGUGCUGCUGGCCAGCUCCGCAGCCAGCGGGACGCCCGCAAGGCCUGGCAAUUCAAACUGGACCGGUGGCCCAUUGUCCGCGGCCGGUCAACAGGUGCGGCCUUCCGCGCUUAAAAAGCCAGGACACCAGCGGGCAUUCAGUCAAGGACAAGUGGUCGAGGUACAAACCGAAUCCGGCCAGAAAGUCAGCGGGCACAGUCGCGUGGGCUCGAAGACCGACUUCAUUCUGCCCACGAAUCACCGGGAAGACGCGCCGCGUCCCCAUGCCGCCAACAAGACGUCUUUUCGAGGUCACUCGAGGCAGGCCUCAAGGUCCGAGUCCAUCUACACGAUACGCCGCACGAUCGCGCCGUCCUGGUGGAGGCGGCUCUGGGCGCACUGCUGCGGCUCGACCGUCGAGGAGCCCAACUGCCGGAUCAUUCGACCGAGUCAUUUGCCGCCGCCCAAGACCCUGCGACCCCAGCAACCGCCGCCACUGCAGAUCGGUGUUAUCGAUAAUAGAAUACGCACAACAAAGUACAACGCUUUGAACUUUUUGCCCAGAAAUUUGAUGGAACAGUUUCAUCGAGUAGCGAAUCUGUAUUUUAUUUUUAUCGUUCUACUCAAUUGGGUGCCGGCGAUCAAUGCAUUUGGCAAGGAAAUCGCCAUGAUACCCGUGCUCUUUGUCCUCGGUGUGACGGCAUUGAAAGAUUUCGUCGAGGACAGGAGGAGGCUCGCCAGUGACAAACGUGUCAACAAUUCGACUUGUCGAGUUUACAUAAGAGAGGGAGAUAGAUACGUCAAAAUUCCUUGGAAAGACGUCAAGGUUGGCGAUUUGGUGCACUUGUCGAACAACGAACUGGUACCCGCCGACAUGUUGCUGCUGCGAAGCAGCGAUCCCCAAGGUUUCGCUUUUCUCGACACCUGCAAUCUCGACGGGGAGACUAAUUUGAAGCAGAGACAAGUGAUCCCGGGCUUCCUCGAUCUGCAGGCCACGUUCAAGCCGUCGGAAUUUCGCUCCUUCAUCGAGAUCGAUAAGCCGAGCACGAAGAUCUAUCGGUUCAACGGCGCCGUGGUGCAUCCCAACGGCGUGCGAGUGCCCGUGUCGACGGAGAAUCUACUUCUGCGCGAGUGCGUUCUGAAGAACACGGACUUCAUAGAGGGCAUCGUCGUCUACGUCGGCCACGAAACCAAGGCGAUGCUGAACAACGGUGGUCCGCGUUACAAGCGUUCGCGCCUCGAGAAGCAGAUGAACUACGACGUGAUCUGGUGCGUCGUGAUCCUCGUGAUACUGUGCAUCGUCGGCGCCGCCGGCUGCAGAUUCUGGCUGUCGACCUACGCGUCGGCGGGCGAGGUGCCGUUCCUCGAGAACACGCAGGACCCGGCCUACGAGGGCAUGCUAACUUUCUGGACGUUCGUGAUUAUACUGCAGGUCAUGAUACCGCUCAGCCUCUACGUAACGAUUGAGAUGGCCAAGCUCGGCCAGGUCUUCCAUAUCAUGUGCGACAAGGAGCUGUACGAUCCCGAGACCGAUCGACCCGCCGAGUGCCGAGCUUUUAAUAUAACGGAAGAACUUGGACAGAUACAAUACGUAUUUUCGGACAAAACGGGAACCUUGACGCAGAACAAAAUGACUUUUCGAAGAUGCGCGGUCGGUGGCCAAGACUACGCGCACGUGGGCGAUCUCGACCAGAUCGUCGCCUGCACGCGAUUGAAGGAGGACCUGCUCAUCGGUACCUGCAGGCAUCGACUUCAGGAGUUUCUCAUACUCUUGGCCAUCUGCAAUACCGUCGUGGUGAGCACUCAUCCGCACCACGACAACAUGAACUCGAGCGGCGUGAUCGAGGAGCCGCAGACCAACGGCACGGACACCACGCGCUACUUCUUCAACAGAUACAUGAGACUGAACGAGUCGAAUAACUCCAACAACGCCAAUAACGUCAACGAGACGAGCGAUACGGCGUCGACCGAGGUGCCCGAGACGCCCACCUCCUUGAUACCACCGACGAACCAGAUGCUGACCCCGCCGGCGAUGAAUUUAUCGCCGAUCGAUAAGUCCAGCGUCCCCAGCGAUAAAUUAUCAAGGCCAAGGCUGCUUAACCUGUCUGGAUUGACAGGGUUCAAUUUAUUAGCGAAGAGACUGUCCCCGUCGUCUAGAAAUAAUUCAAGCUCGAUCAUCGAGGAAAAUGAAAAAUCAUUGCUGGACGUCUCGAUCAAUCCAGCUAUAUACGAAGCUGAAAGUCCCGAUGAAUUGGCUCUGGUUCACGCUGCCAGGGCAUACGAUGUUAAGUUAAUUAAAAGGACUGCUCAAAGUGCCAUCAUUUCACUACCAGAUAAAUCAAGACUGACGUUUGAAAUUUUAAAGGUUUUACCAUUCGAUUCGACGAGAAGGUGUAUGUCGAUUAUUGUCAAACACCCGCAUACAAACGAGAUAGUAUUGUACAGCAAAGGUGCCGAUUCGACGAUACUGUCGUCGCUGAAUCGCAGCGAGGAGGACUCGACCGUGACCGCCAAAGUGCGCCAGCAGCUGCAGUCGUACGCGCGCCAGGGCCUGCGCACCCUGGUGAUGGCGCGCCGCACCCUCAGCGCCCAAGAGUACGAGGCGUGGCGCCAGAAGCACGCCGAGAUCGAGAUGUGCUGCGAGAGCCGCGAGCGCAAGCUGCGCGAGUCCUUCGCCAGCCUCGAGAGCCAGAUGAGCCUGCUCGGCAUCACUGGCAUCGAGGACAAGCUUGAGGUGGGCGUGCCCGAGGCCAUAACCAGCCUAGUGGCAGCCGGCAUCGUGGUCUGGGUGCUGACCGGCGACAAGCCCGAGACGGCGGUCAACAUCGCUUAUUCCGCGUGCCUGUUCACGCCGUCGAUGCAGAUUCUACGCCUGCAGGCUCGCUCCAAGUCCGUCGCGGAGAAUCUGAUUCACAACCAUUUGGAGUCGAUAAAGCGCGAGAAUUCGGUCGGCGGCACGACGGCGUCGCCCCGAGGCAGCUCGCAGAGGCUGUCCAAUCAGAGCGACAUGGAGGAGAGCGAGAGACUGGCGUACAGGAUGGGAACUUCGUGGCAGAGACAGCGCGCACUCGUAGUCGAUGGAAAAACGCUCACCUUCAUCUUGGAUCCUAGGUCUGGCCUUACCGGGCCUUUCCUAGAGCUUACCAGGCUCUGUUCGAGUGUUUUGGCGUGCCGCGCCACUCCCUUACAAAAGGCCUACAUCGUUAAAGUUGUCAAGGAGCAACUGAGAAUGCGAACUCUGGCGAUCGGAGACGGCGCCAACGACGUGAGCAUGAUUCAAACGGCGGACGUGGGCAUCGGUGUAUCCGGAUUAGAGGGAACUCAAGCCGUGAUGGCAUCCGACUUCGCGAUCGCCCGCUUCCCAAUGCUGGCGCGACUUUUACUCAUACACGGUCAUUGGUGCUACGACAGACUUUCCCGCAUGAUUUUAUACUUUUUCUACAAAAAUGCCACUUUUGUAUUUUUAAUCUUUUGGUAUCAGAUGUACUGCGGCUUUUCUGGAACAGUAAUGAUAGAUCAGAUAUACUUAAUGUUGUACAAUCUUAUAUUCACCUCGCUGCCACCACUCGUUCUCGGUAUCUAUGAUCAGAUAGCUUCGGCGAACGUGUUGAUGGAGACGCCGCGACUCUAUGAAAGGGGUCGGUUGGCGUCUGCCUAUCAGCCACAUUCGUUCUGGAUAACUAUUUCCGAUGCUUUGUAUCAGAGUUUGGUGAUAUUUUUCCUUACCGAAGCCAUUUAUCAUGACACGAGUAUCGAUAUCUGGGAGUUUGGCUCAACAAUCACUACAUCUUGUAUUGUCAUUAUGCUUCUUCAUGUGAGCAUUGAAACUAGGUCAUGGACGCUCAUUCACAUAGCAGCCAUUAUUAUGUCAAUCGGUUCAUUUUUCGUUUUCGGUCUAUUUUACAAUGCGGUAUGUGUGAACUGUUUAGGUUUGCCUGGCUCGUAUUGGGUACUACAAAAAGCCAUUGGUAGACCCAUAUACUGGUUAACUGUAAUUAUUACUUCAGUUAUGGCUACAUUACCGAGAUUCGUUUAUAAAGUUCUAAAAAAUACUAUGAAGCCAGAUAUCAUUAUGAAAGCAACCAUGACACAUGCAAAGAAAAACGAAAGGAUGGCAAAUGGAUUAGACACCGGAGAAGCUGGUCUUGUAGCAGGAUGGUCCAGAUCAACUCAAAAUGCUACUAUUAGGUGACAUUACUUUCCAAACUGGUCAAUAUGCUGCAAACAAAAAUGUUUUGACAAAAGUUGUGGCUUAAAAUAGCACAAUGAAGCAAAUAGAUGGGCAAUUAGUUUGAGAACUAAGAAAUGUGAGAAAUUUAUAGGAAAAAUAUGUUUUAAAAAGAGUUUUAUCGAGAGGGAAGGCAACAGACUAUUGAAUAAUUUAGUCAAGUGCAAAGGGUUCAUUGUAAAUAAAUGUGAAUGUUGUUAUUGUUAAAUAAUAAAUUCUUCGCGAGUUGUAUUAAUUUGUCGAGUCAAAGUGGCCUUAAUCACAGACUGAAAUUAGUUGCAUUUAUUGGCUGUGAUUUUUAGGGACCAAGUAUAUAUAUUUAGUCCAAUUGUAUAAUUGUCAAUAUUGCACGCGCAGAAUCCCC